AUGGAGCGAUUCGCCAACAUCGUCAUCAAGAUCCGCAACCUGAACCCCGAGGUCGCCCUACACGCUAUGCUCAUUGAACUCAAGCCGGGUCCCUUCAUCGAUAGCCUUUAUCGGCGACCUCCACCGGACAUGGACGAACUCCGUGCCCGAGCUGCCAGGUACAUUCAAAUGAAAGAGCACACAACGUUCCGCGACCAAGUACGUGGGAAACCACAAGGGAGGCAAGACCACGGCCACAAAGAUAAGAUGAGAGUCUCCAACGACAGUCAAUUCAAAAAGACUAGGCUGAACAAAGGCAAGAAGUACGACUUCUAUACCCCCUUGAACACCCGAGUACACAUACUAGAGGAAGCCAGUAACACCGACCUGAUCACCCUAACACCACCCGGGCACAACCCCAGUAGCGUGGACAAAUCCAAACAUUGUCGAUACCAAAGAAACUAUGGUCACACAACCAAGGAAUGCCGCACACUCAGAGAUCACAUAGAGGAACUCGUCCUAGGGGGACACCUCGGACAAUACAUCCAACGGCAGCAGGGUCACAAAGCAGGCUACAACAGACGAGGACGAGGUACCACCCCCAUCUCGAAGCAGCCGACGUACCCAGCAAAGAAGGCUCACCAAUCUUGCCCAGCAGAUCGUCCCUCUUGA